AAAUAUUACAUUUCUGCGUUAUCGUUCGAUAAUACUUUACAUAAAAGAAUUGACCAAUAAUGCUUUGGCGAGUGAAGCUGUUGCGCGCGAAAAUCGAGAGAUCGAUCGAUCGUUCUGCGUCGUGACCGUCUAUGAAGUGCGUUUGUCUGCUGCGUGCAUGUGCUGUACUUUUCUGAUAUUACGUUUCGGUGUAGUGCUUUUGGUAAUUAAAAUCAAGAAAUAUUUAAUAUAUUAGCAAUUAUGAGAAGAUCUGUGCCCGACGGAUGGUUGGAGUACAAACCAUAUGGAGAAAUGAUCAAGGGUACAAAGAUUUUGCCGUUUAAAGUACCACUGAAAGAGACUAUCGCACAGAACGUAAAGCCCGAGGAAAGAUUCACGGCGUCGAUGAUUUUGGAAGCAUAUCCGCGGCUCAAAUUAAUUGUAGAUCUUACCAACACGGAACGUUACUAUGAUAAAACGGAAUUUACAAAGGCUGGAGUAAAGCAUACAAAAAUUAUGAUACCUGGGAAGAAGAUACCACCAUUACAUUGUGUCAUUAAAUUCUUUGAAACGAUCGACAAUUUUAUGGCAACUGCUGGAGAGGACGAUGUCAUAGGAGUACAUUGCACACAUGGUAUAAACCGCACUGGGUAUCUUAUUUGUAGGUAUCUCAUUGAAAAACAAGGCUGGGAGUCUCAAGAUUCCUUACAAGCUUUCGAAGAGGCACGUGGGUAUCCAAUCUAUCGUGAAGAAUAUAUUGCUGCACUUAAAAAGAUAUCACGUGGUGAAUUGAAAGGUAUAAACAAAACUGGCCUGACCCGACCUAUUAAUACACGGAAAGACAACAAUCCCAUACCAGUUAGGAAAGUUCUUGAUCAAUAUAGGUUAAGAGUAAAACAUCCAAAAGCAAGACCAGUGCCAUAUCCUAUGGGCCCACCGCCAGGAUAUAAACCACACCGUCGUGGAUUUACCAAUGGAGCACCAUAUCUACCACAACCUUUCGGUUUUGGUGCUCCACCACAUGGAUUUGGCUCGAUGCCUCCGCAUCCACCUGGUAUGCCACCACCACCACCUGGUCCACCAAUGUAUGGUCCAAGACCAUUAAGAUUUGGACCACCACUUCCACCACCACCACCAGCAGCUAUGAGAGCACCCAUGCCACCAUUACCACCAGGUCCAGAUUUCAGGAGAUCUGUUGUUAAUUCAGGAUUCCAUCCAGCAGCUUUUCCAAAUCGUUUACCAGGCCCAUCAAGAAUGUCUGGACCACCUAGAUUACCACCUGGUCCGCAAUCGCGAUUACCACCUCCUAAAAUGCCUCCCCCACCGCCACCACCUCCGCCACAAGUUAGGCAAAUUAGUGUUAAACGACUUGCAGCUAAUAAAAAGAAACAUCAGCAUCAGCAGUCACAGAUUAGAAAUGGGAUGGCGGUAUUACCUAGGAGUUCAAUGAGACUGACCAGACGCGAAGUCAGUACGACUAGAAGAAUUAGAAAUAUAACUACGAAAAUGAUUAAAGAACAAGAUUUCACGGCGGACACAUUCGAGGAAAAUCUUUUGGCUGUCUCAUCGACAAAUUCACAUUUGCGACGAUCAACAACCAAAGGACGAUAUCAUCAGACUAAGUGAUGAUGUGCUAUAUAGGAUGGGCGAUUAUUAUUUUUAAGACUUACGUAAAAUAUGUUGUGUGUAACGUUAUUUACACGGUACGCCCAAAAGUGUUGUUUUAAAACCCCUUAUGGCAAGAUUUUCAAGAUAAAAGAAGAAAGAAAGAAAGAAAGAAAGAAAGAAAGAAAGAAAGAAAGAAUGAAAAUGUGAUUUUUUCAAGAUCUCACCGUUCAUAUUUCGCGAACGGUCAUGGGCAAAUCCGAGAGAACGAAAGUAAAACGUCUGGACAAUUAGACGAAUUUAAACUUAUAUUUCUCUCGAUCUUUAUUCCUAAUAUGUUAAGAUCAACGAAGGAGCUUUGUUGAUUUUUUCGUAGCCUCAUCGAUUAUUUAGACUAAAAAAAAAAAUGUGAAAUAUGUUAUAUCGUCGUCUUUCUAUUCGAACAACACGGCUCUCAUUAUCAGUCAAAAUCUUUUUUAGAUUUCACUGCUAACUACUACUACUACUACUACUACACUACUACUACUACUAUUACUACUACUAUUACUACUACUUACUACUACUACUACUACUACUACUUUACGUUUAAGGCUAUGUUCGACAUUGUCUAAAAUAAACGCACUUUAUUGGUAAGUUAUUAUUUUCUGUCGACAAUUAAAAGAACGAAUAAAAGCUGAACUAUGUUAUAUCGUAAUGAUGUACACAAUCGUCGUUUAAAAACACAUAAAUGUAGAUCCGUUCGAAUGAUGUAGAAGCACAUGUCUUAUUUCAAAAGAUUAAAAUGAUUCAAUAUUAGACCUUGGUCAGGGAUCAUGCGUGUAGGUGUACACAUUGAACGCACGCAUCCUAUAUCAUAAAAUGAAUGUACGAGCUUCUUCUACGUGAUAUUCAUUCCUGGAUAAAUUUCUGGCGCCUGCUGACGUUUCUUCUUCUUCUUUUUCUUUUUCUUUUUCUUCUUGUGGUAUACUUUCGAAGCUUUAUCGAUCUCUUACAAGAAGAAUCAUCUAAGAAAGUCUUAUUUCAACUUUUCUUUCUCUUUUUAAGAAGUUGGUUACAAAGUUAAAGAAGAAGAAGAAGAAGAAGCAGUAGUUUCUAAGCCGUUUAUCGUUCAAACUUCGAAUACGAUUGACGAUCUUAUUGGAUUUUAUUUUUUUAAACAAACGGCCUGUAAUGUAAAUCUUUUCAAAAAGUUAACACAUUAUACGAAUUCUUGCCUA